AUGUCCGAGACUGCUUACACAAAAGCAAAGAAGAAGGAGCUCAGGGCCUGGGACUCAUUGAAAGAGGAUAUGCUGCGGGUAUCUUAUGAGUCAUCAGCACCAUCUACAAAUAUCUGUGCUCUCUGCAAAGAGCAUGCAGAGUAUAGGUGCCUUGAGUGCAGCAGUACUAAUAUGUUUUGUGAGACCUGUAUCACAAAAACCCACCGCAAUUCCUUGCACCUACCAGAGAAAUGGAAUAAAACAUUGUAUGUGACAUCUCCGCUUGAAUUAGCACUACGCUUACCAGGAGAACAUUGUUCUCAUGCUGUGUACGCAAGAGAUAUGAAAAUAUUUGUGAACACAGGCCAGCUGUGCAGCUUCAGCGUGACUCUUUGUACAUGUGAACCAGAAACUUGCACCCUGCUCAGAUAUGGAAUCUGGCCUGCGACACCAGAGAGGCCUCAAACAGCGUUCUCUAUAGCUCUUUUGGAGCUUUUUCAUUAUCUGUCCAUGGAAUGCCAGGUGUCUGUUGAGGGAUUCUGCAAUAUGUUGCGGUGGAAAAACAAUCUGUCUCUUUUAGAGGUUAACAUGCUCUACAGAGCUCUGGUGGGAGAAUCUAUAUCCCAGUUUCGCCACCACCACUUUAGAUGCAGAAGUUUAUCUGGUCUUUGUCCCUCAUUUGAUGAUGGAACAACAUGCCCAGUAUGUCCUAAGAGUAACGGCAAUCUGAUUGUAACAAUGGAUGCCAACUUUGGCCUUGUUCGAAAAAGAAGUUCAGGAAGUAGUUUGGUGGAGCCGUUGCAUGGUAACAGAAUGUUUGUGAGGGAAGAAGAUGUGCAAGAAUACCUGUCAUCCCAUCCUGAUGGUUCCAAGCCAAAUGAAGACUGUAGUAAUUCAAGGCAGGGAACCUGCUUCGUUCUCAAAAAAAAACAACAAAAACUAGAUGUAACAGGGGGUGUUUGGAGUCUCUUGCCGCCAUGAGAUUCCGUUGGUGUUUUUGAACAUGACCCAGGGAGAACGGUGAGUUUAAGACACAGCACUGGUGUCAGUAUGAUUGUUCCCAAUCACCAAACUGUAUGUUUCUCAAAUAUGUUUUAUUCUGUCAGUUUUUAAAUUUCAUAAUACUAAAACCUUUUUAUACAAU